GUAUAAUACACGUCGAUAGCGGAGUUGCGAAUCGGAAUGGCCGACCGAAGAUCGGGAUCAUUUUCACUCCAAAGUCUCUAGCUUAAAUUUUGCUUGUCUUACAUGAGAUCUUCUCCAAAUCACUGUAGUGUGAUAAUGGCAUUUUGGAUCAUGUCGCAUUUGUAACAGACUGACAUCAAGAUGAUUUGUGACAUCAUGAAGAUUUUGAACCACCAUGUGCUGUCCAACAGACGGGUCUUGGCUGCAGCACUGGUGAUAUCAGCCUUCCUGCUCCUACUAUCCACGGACCAAAUCUCAGACAAGGAGAAGAUGAGAAAACUCUUGUGCACCCUGUACGGGGACGAGCAGAAAGUUAGCUACGAAAACAACGGCAAUGAUUUACAGGCGAGUGUGGAUAGGAUCAAUGAUGAAAUCUCGUUGCUCUCUGCCGAACACAGUGGUUCAUUUGAACAGAGGCUACCUCAGGCGAUCGUGAUGGGCGUGCGAAAGUGCGGCACGAGGGCGCUCAUCGAGAUGCUGAGGAUGCAUCCGAGUAUCGCCGCUGCGAAGCCAGAACUUCAUUUCUUCGAUGACUUUUACGAAAAAGGUCUGACUUGGUAUAGGAAGCAGAUGCCUUUUUCCUAUGCAGAUCAAAUCACCAUGGAGAAGACUCCAGCGUACUUUAUCACCAGCGAAGCGCCUGAUAGAAUUUACCGCAUGAAUAGCUCCAUUAGAUUAUUAGCCAUUGUGCGUGAUCCAACAAUAAGGACUAUAUCGGAUUACACGCAGAUCUCGAGUCACACGGCAAAUAAGAAUCGCAAUUUUCCUCGAUUCGAAGACAAGGUACUUCUCAAUGGUGAGAUCGAUACCAGCUAUCAAGCUGUACAGACCAGUAUGUACGCCAAUUACGUGAAGAAUUGGUACGCUUACUUCCCCACUACGCAGAUCAUGUUUGUGGAUGGUGCAAAGCUGAUAGUAGACCCGCUUUCGGAGAUGAAGCGGGUGGAGCAGUUCCUCGGUCUUCAUGACUAUUUCAAUGAGAAAGUGUUUGUGUACAAUGAAACAAAGGGAUUCUAUUGUUUGAAAAAGAAGAAGUUAAGAUGUUUGGGGAGUUCGAAGGGGCAGCCUCAUCCGGAAGUGGAUCCCAAAGUACUUCGCAAGCUUCAGGAUUUCUUCCGCCCGUUCAAUGAAAAGUUCUUUGACCUUGUCGGCAGAAGGUUUGAUUGGGAAUGAAUCAAGGAAUUGUCUCGUAUCAAUUCAGGUAUAAACAUGAGGUUGUUUUUAACUUAAAUACUCUUGCAUGUAGGCAUUACUAACACCAUUGAGGCGUUGGUAAAAUAAUAUUAAAGAUUUAUUAUAUAACCCAAGUGUAAAAAGCGCAGCAAUGCUCAUUUCUGCCAGUAAUCCCGGCCCUACGCAUAGUGCACCUGUAAAAGCAUACUAUGCAAUGUGUUGAAUCAUAUUUUUAUAGUGACAAGUGACGUCACCUUUUCCUGGCCCGUGCAACGGUAUAAUUUGGACGGUGUGUGUGCAACUGUUUGAUUGUUUGACAUUCGGCCUCCCGUUUCCUAGUGUACAACAAGUUAUUAAAGUUGUUGUUGUACAAUAAGCAAUACAGGGGAACAACAGGGGAACAAUUGUAGGCCUUCGACCUACAUGUAGCCUCGAGAUAUUAUCUACAUGUAUGUAGAAUUAAUUGUACAAACUUUCAAAAUAUACACACAUUGCCCUACAUAAAAAUG